AUGGCUCUCUACAGAGUGAUGUGUGUGGCGGCGCUGCUCUUUCUACUGACACCAGAAUCUCACUCACAACUUGAUGUGUGUGGUAAACCGGCGUUCAACACCAGGAUUGUUGGAGGACAGGAGGCCCCUGAAGGCAGCUGGCCCUGGCAGGCCAGUCUGCACAGAACCUCUGGCCACUUCUGUGGAGGAUCCCUCAUCAACAGUGAAUGGGUGCUGACGGCUGCUCACUGUUUCUCAAGCACGAGCACAAGCAACCUGAGAGUGUUUCUGGGUCGCCAGAAUCAGGAGGGAGCAAACGCCAACGAGGUGUCGAGGAUGGUCACACGGGUCAUCCCUCACCCCAACUACAACAACCCCACCAAUGACAAUGACAUCUGCCUUCUGAAGCUGUCCUCACCGGUCACCUUCACUAACUUCAUCUCUCCAGUCUGCCUGGCGGCUCCGGAAAGCACCUUCUUCACAGGCAUCGACUCCUGGGUCACUGGCUGGGGCAACAUCGGUACUGGAGUGCCUCUUCCGUCACCACAAGCCCUGAUGGAGGUGGAGGUGCCGGUAGAGGGAAACAGACAGUGUAAAUGUGACUAUGGGGUGGAUGAAAUCACAGACAACAUGAUCUGUGCCGGGUUACGUGGAGGAGGGAAAGACUCCUGCCAGGGCGAUUCAGGAGGUCCAAUGGUAAGCAAGCAGGGCGGCGUCUGGAUUCAGUCGGGGAUCGUGAGUUUUGGAGAAGGUUGUGCCUUGGCUGAAAGACCAGGAGUCUACGCCAGAGUGUCCCAGUAUCAGGACUGGAUCAACGGCCACAUCACCAGCAACAGGCCGGGCUACGUCACCUUCACCUCCACUGGGACCGACAGUGACCUUAGCGUCACCUGUGAUGGCCUGCCGCCACUUCCAACCACCAUCCCUCAAACAACCACAGCCAAACCUGUGGUCUGCGGUCGGGCUCCGAAGAAUUCACGUCUUUCUGGAGGGGGCUCGGUGGCGACGGCUGGCGAGUGGCCCUGGAUGGCGAGCUUACAGAAGAAAGGAACUCACGUGUGUGGUGGGACUCUGGUGGCUGUGGACGCCGUGCUGAGUGAUGCCAACUGCUUCUCCAGCUCUCCCACGCCAUCUGAGUGGACCGUGGUGUUGGGUCGGUUGAAGCAGAACGGAUCCAACCCCUUCGAGGUGACGCUGAACGUGACAAACAUCACUCUGAGCAACAUGACAGGCUCUAAUGUGGCCGUUCUGCACCUGUCGGCCCAGCCCACCCUGUCAGACUACAUUCAGCCCAUCUGCAUGGACAAUGGACGAACCUUCGCUGUGGGCUCGCAGUGCUUCGCUGCUGGCUGGAGCUCCGGGCGAGGAGGAGAGGAACAAGUUCUGCAGGAGUUCCAGACCUCGGUAGUGAAUAAUGAGAAUGCUUCAUCGAGUGACAGCAUCUGUACCGGAGUUUUCACACUGGAACAGGGCGACUCUGGAGGUCCACUGAUGUGUAAGCUGGACGGCGCUUGGUUCGAGGCAGCUGUGUUAUCAGCUGAAAACACCACCCGUUCAAGAAGCAGAAGUUCAAGAGCAGGGGAUAUGAUGCAGUUCACUAAACUGAGCGCCUUUAAGAGCUUCCUGUCUUCGACCGUGGGCUUCUUACCCUCCACCACCAACAGUACCAACACCACCUCAGCUCCCACCAACCAGACCACCACCAGCGGGGCCCCUGCCCAGUCCCCCCUCCUCUUCUUCUUCCAUCUCCUCGUCUUUUCCGUGUGCCUCCAUCUCUUUUCAUAGAAGCCUCCUACUUUAUCUUUUAAUACUUAUUUACAUGAUAUGACAAGCACAAAUUUAUGUGAACUUUAAA